AUGAAGUUCAAAGACACAUGUGAAGCAGUAUUCUUGCACCAGAAGAAGUAUGCCCAAGAUAUCUUAAAAAGGUUCAAGAUGAGCAACUGUAAUGCAGUUGUCAUGCCAUUAGAAAUUGGAGAAAAGUUGAGGAAGGAGACAGGUGAUGAGUUUGCAAGUGCGACACUGUACAAACAAAUCAUUGGAUCCUUGAGGUACCUUUGCAAUACCAGGCCAGAUAUCUAUCAAAGUGUUGGAAUGUUGAGUAAAUUCAUGGAGAAACCACAAGAAUGUCAUCUCAUAGCAAUGAAGAGGUUGUUGAGAAUCAUAAAGGGUACAAUUAAUCAUGGUGUGUCAAUACCAAGACAAAAGAGGGCAUGCAUAGAUGUGAAGGUAUAUGGCUACACUAAUUCAGAUUUUAAUGGAGAUAAAGACGAGAAGAAGAGUACUGCAAGCUAUAUAAUCAUGAUCGAAUGUGCUCCAAUCUCUUGGAGCUCAAGGAAGAAAAGCAUUGUGGCUUUGUCAUCAUGUGAAUCUGAGUACGUAGAUGCAUUGAAUUUGAGCAUGGAUAGAGAUGUUGCUUGA